ACAGCAGAGUUCUCUUUCUGUCCAGGACAGAGAGCAAGUUGCAAUGGGGGACACAGAGAAAGGGAAGAAGGCUUUUGUCCAGAAGUGUUCCCAGUGCCACACGGUGGAUGAGGGGGGACGACACAAGGUGGGACCUAACCUCUGGGGCCUGUUUGGCCGGAAGACAGGACAGUCACCUGGAUACUCCUACACACAGGCCAACACCAACAAGGGUAUAGUCUGGGAGGAGAAGACACUAAUGGUCUAUCUAGAGAACCCUAAGAAGUACAUCCCAGGUACCAAGAUGAUCUUUUCUGGUAUCAAGAAGAAGAAAGAGAGAGAGGACCUGAUAGCCUAUUUAAAGGAUGCCACUUCGUAGACAGACACACAGCAUGCACACACACCAUAUCAUACUGUACACACACACACACACACACACACACACACACACACACACACACACACACACACACACACACACACACACACACACACACACACACACACACACACACAUUUCCUUCCUAUUUAUGCACACCUCUCUAACACACACCUGUCAUUCUCUGCUAACUUACUCCCACUCCUGGUACACAUGUUCUUCUGACACACCCAAGGACACACCUCAAUACACACACAAACACACAACACACACUACUGUACACUACCACACACACUACAACACACGCUACCAUACACACUACCACACACACACACACUACUAUAUACACUACCAUACACACUACCACACACACUACCAUACACACUGCCAUACACACACACUACUGUACACUACCACACACACUACAACACACACUACCAUACACACUACCACACCCACUACCAUACACACUACCAUAUACACUACCACACACACACUACCAUGCACUACCACACACACUACCACACACUACCAUACACACUACCACACACACUACCACACACACUACCAUACACACUACCACACACUGCCAUACACACUACCACACACGACCACACACACACGCUACCAUACACACUACCAUACACACUACCAUACACACUAUCACACACAACCCUACACACCACCACACAAUACACAGGAGGUUGGUGGCACCUUUAUUGGGGAGGACGGGCUUGUGGUAAUGUCUGGAGUGAAAUAGUUGGAAUGGUGUCAAAUACAUGAAACACACGGUUUCCAUGUGCCAUUCCAAUGUGCGUUCAAGACAUUAUUAUGAGCCUUCCUUACCUCAGCAGUCUCCUGUGAUACACUACCUUACACUACCAUAUACUAACAUGAACAAACAUACAGCAUUCAUCUUGGAGGAGGCUGAAUGUUACGGAUACAGUUAUCCUGUGAGUGUGUGUGUAUCCUGUGUGUGUUUCUUUUCUCUCCUUCUCCCCUCACAGGUGAAAACCAUCACUCCCCAAUCAGUCAACAAUCAAUCAUCAAUCAGAAGACACACCUCCUCCUAUUUCCUACCCUAUCACAGUUCCUUCCCCAUGGUUUAAAAACCCCAUCAUUUGUUUGCUCUGGAGCAAUCUCUAGCUCAAUCUCUAGCUCAAUCUCUCUGUAAAUGCCAUGUCUGUAGGUCUCUGUGUUUCACUCUCGCGUUUUGUCUUAACCUCUCUUUUGUUUAAGCACCUCCAUAGCACUUUGUCAUCACCUGUGAGUAUUGUUUUUGGUUAUGGUGUUUGUGUUUGUUUGCUGGUGGGAAAAGGGCAAACCAAGACAAGUCGCCCAUGGGCAUACACUACCCGUAGGUGAACUUUGUUAAAUACACUAGUUAGAACUGGGCGGACCACCAACUGUAUUUUUGGUUAGUUAGUUAGCUGUUGUUAAAGUAGGCUAGUCUAGCUUAGGGGUGUUUUUGAAUACUUAUUGUUUCUUUUCUUGGGUCCAGCUCAGCCCCUUUUCCUGCUCCCCCCAUUACCGUGUGUUUAUAAAUAAACCUAGAGUUAGACGGUAGAUUUCUGUUGUCGUGGUUAUUUCGUUCACACUUUUACUUUGUCACAAUAAUAAUUUGCAUGAGUUAUGUUACGGGUCUCAUUACCAUCCCCCCUAGACUGUCGGGCCAAAAGGGAUUCGUAACAUAAGUGGAGCCUCGUCCGGGAUCUGUCAUAACUGACACCCAUGCCGCUCAUGUAGAUUGUUGUAGUGGUAUAGUUCAGUGUUGAGCGUCAUAGCUGAAGUAGCAUUAGUGUUUGCUAUAUAUUUUUUUUUGGCACUUGUGAAGUAGUGUAAAAUGACUACUUUUGAUUUGAGAUCCUUUUUGGAUAACCCUUCGUGGGAGGUUUUUGAUAAAUGUCGUAGAGUUGAUUUAAUGACCUUGGCUGACCAUUAUUCAGUAUCGAUUCCGCAGAGUUUAGUUAAGGCGGAGGUUAAACGGCUAGUAUUAAAUGUAUUGUUGGAAGAGCAGGUGCUUGUGUUACCGCUGCCUGAGUCUACUACCCCUGUAGGGGAUGUUGCUGCUCCUGUAAGCCCAUUGGUGUCUGAUAAUGAGGGAGAGGCUAAAACACCAGCCACAUUGUCCCGUUUUGAUCCACUCUCCCCACUGUCAAAUGGUGAUGCCAGGAGGGAUGUCCGUUUAGCACAGUUCCAACUGGAGGUGGAAGAGAGAGCCCAAAUUAGGCAAGAGACUCUCCAGUUGGAGAUAUGUAAAAUAGAGGCAGAAAAAGAACGAGAACAACGGCAUUUGGAGAUGUGUAAAAUUGAGGCAGACAGAGAACAAAGGCAGUUGGAGUUCAAAAUGCGCCAGAUGGAACUGGAGGCAGAGACAGCGAGGCUAGCCUCCGGUCCUACUGUGCCUGUUUGUGAGCCGUCCUCACCUACUGUGUGAUCAAACAUGUUUGACAUUAGUAGGCAGAUUGCCUUAGUACCUUUGUUCAGAGAGUCAGAGGUUGACUCCUAUUUUUGUGUAUUUGAGCGUAUAGCCGUAGCAUUGAAAUGGCCUGAAGAGGUAUGGUGCCUAUUACUUCAGUGUAAAUUAACUGGUAAAGCCCAAGAGGUUUUGUCAGCGCUACCUCUAGAGGACAGUUUGAAUUAUGAAGUGGUCAAAGCUACUGUUCUUCGUGCCUAUGAGCUUGUGCCUGAGGCAUACCGACAGAGAUUUAGGUCUCAUAGAAAGUCUUCUAGUAAGACUUAUGUGGAAUUUGCUAGAGACAAGGGAAAUCUGUUUGAUAAAUGGCAUGCUGCUAGUAAGGUAACUGAUUUCAACUCUCUCCGGGAGUUAAUCUUGUUGGAAGAGUUUAAAAAGUGCUUACCCGAACGCAUUGUAGUGUACCUAAACGAACAGAAAGUAUCCUCCCUGGCAGAAGCGUCUGUGUUGGCAGACGAGUUUGUGUUGACGCACAAGAGUGUGUUUUCGGCUCAAACUGAGAGUAGAGCCACUGAGUUUCCUACCUUUAGCCCUAGUCGGCCAGCAGUAGUAUAUCAAGCACGCCAGAAGAAUGAGCGUCCCUGUUUCUAUUGUCAUAAAGUAGGACAUAUGAUUAAUGAUUGCUUCCUGCUUAAACGCAAACAAGGGAUGCCUCUUCGUGCCAAGCCACCAACAGGUGUUGCUCUAAUUCGUACGGUUGUGAGGUCUGCAACAAAACAGGUGCCUCAGGGUAACUGUAGUUUGAAAGUCUCAGUCCCCGACCGCAGUUAUGAACCAUUCAUUUUCGAGGGGUUUGUGUCCCUAACGAAUGACGAAGCGUCUCAGCGACCGGUUAAAAUCCUUAGAGAUACUGGUGCGGCGCAGUCGUUUAUAUUGUCUGAUGUGUUGCCCUUAUCUGACGAUACAUACUGUGGUUCCAGUGUGUUAGUGCAGGGUAUUGAAAUGGGUUUUGUCCCAGUGCCAUUGCACUUUGUGAAAGUACACUCUGAGUUAAUCAGUGGAAUAUUCAGAGUGGGGUACGCCCUAUGUUGCCAAUGAAAGGUGUGACCUUUAUAAUGGGUAACGAUAUUGGCGGAGGAAAGGUAGUACCAGUAUUGGAAGUAUUGGAUAAAAGUGACCACUCUCUCUCGAAUGAGCUGGCACAGAGUUAUCCACAUGUGUUCCCGUUUGUGCUGUCACUCGUGCUCAGGCACUACAAGAGGGUGACGUGAUAGAUUUGUCGAACACUGUUCUGUUCAAAGAGGUUGAUCAAGAAGAUGGAUUGUGUGAUACCUCUGAGAAGCUGAUCACCUCUGACAAACAGCCCAGGAAAGAAUCAAAGAACGUUGAACUUAUUGCUGAUGCAAUACAGUUACCAGUCACUCGUGAGCAGCUGAUUGCUAACCAAAAGGUUGACAACAAGCUUGCUAAAUGUUUUUCUAGUGUUGUCUCAUUGGAAGAUGUGAAGAAGAAGAACGUGGCUUACUUCAUUGAUGGUAAUCUCCUCAUGCGUAAAUGGAAAUCCCAUGUUGACGCGGAUGGAGAUUGGAAUGCUGUUUACCAAAUAGUGAUUCCUACAGCCUUUUGACAAAAUGUGUUAUCCCUUGCUCAUGAUCACCAGUGGUCUGGUCAUUUAGGAAUCACAAACUUAUGAUCGGAUCCUUCGACAUUUCUUUUGGCCGGGUUUAAAACAAGAUGUGGCUCAGUUCUGUCGGACAUGCCACACAUGUCAGAUAACAGGAAAACCAAAUCAGGUUAUUCCUCCCGCUCCUCUUUGUCCCAUACCUGUCAUAGGUGAACCAUUCGAGCAUGUGGUGGUUGAUUGUGUCGGACCGUUACCGAAGACAAAAUCGGGUAACCAGUUUUUGUUAACGAUAAUGUGUAUGGCUACAAGAUACCCCAAGGCCAUUCCUCUGAGAAGGAUUACAGCCCCGGUAGUGAGUAAAGCCUUAAUAAAAUUCUUCACGACAUUCGGGUUACCUAGGGUGGUACAAAGCGAUCAAGGUACCAAUUUCCUAUCCAAGCUCUUCAGGCAGGUGUUAAAAUCCUUGUCAAUUACGCACUCACCCAGAGUCUCAGGGUGCACUUGAAAGAUGGCAUCAGACACUGAAGUCUAUGCUACGUAAAUAUUGUUUGGAAUCUGAGAAAGAUUGGGAUGAGGGAGUUCCUCUAGUUUUGUUUGCUGCUCGUGAAACUGUGCAGGAGUCCCUAGGUUUCAGCCCGGCUGAACUGGUGUUUGGUCACACAGUGAGAGGACCAAUGAAAGUCCUUAAAGAACAGUUCUUGUCCCAAGAGUUGUGUACCAGAGAUGAGAAUGUGUUGGACUACGUUAGUCGCUUUCGUGAGCGCCUACACCAAGCUUGUGCUCUCGCAAAGGAAGCUCUAUCUUCCUCACAGAGGAGCAUGAAAAGACACUAUGAUAAAGAGGCUGUUUCUCGUCCACUACAGCCAGGUGACCAAGUACUGGUGUUAUUACCUGUUCCAGGAUCUUCACUGUCAGCUCGUUUCUCGGGUCCUUAUUUAAUUGAAAAGAAAAUAAGUGAAACUGACUAUGUGCUUCAAACUCCUGAUAGACAACGCCAAUCUCGUGUGUGUCACAUUAACAUGUUGAAAGCUUAC